AUGCCUCUGCGAAGAAUGGAGAUAAAUUACAAGAACGCCAUCGAAAUCCUCAACAGCCGGCGACGUCUGAAGAGGCCCACACUAGCUAUUGCAAGUGAUGCACAAGUGCCAGCCCCAUUACCAGAAUCAGGCCAUAUUCCCGAUGGUAAGGGAAAGACCAAUUUGAGAGGGACUGCAAGCAUAGUUGGAAUGAGACAAUGGCUUCACCAAAUUGGUCACUCAACUACUGAUAUUGACAACCUCAAUAUCAUACAUGUCGCAGGAACAAAGGGCAAAGGAAGCACGUGUGCAUUCAUUGAGUCCUUUCUCCGAGCUCACGGAGAAAGCACCAAUUUCCCACGCAAGACAGGCCUCUACACCUCGCCACAUCUCAUCUUCCCUGAAGAGAGGAUCCGAAUCAACUUCCAACCCAUCGCCAGGGACCUCUUCGCCCAGUAUUUCUUCCAAGUGUGGAACGCUUUGACAACAGAUGACAAUGGCAGCAGCAGCGAAUGUUCACAAACCCUACCUCGUUACCUUCAGCUGAUUGCACUCGUUUCGUUUCAUGCCUUCAUCAAAGAAGGGGUCGACGCAGCCAUUUUUGAGACUCAUCACGGCGGCGAAUAUGAUGCCACCAACGUGAUUGAGCAUCCUGUCGCGACCGUCAUCACGCCACUUGGAAUGGAUCACAUUAAUCAGCUGGGACCUAAUAUUGGGAACAUUGCUUGGCACAAAGCAGGAAUCUUCAAGCACGGGUCAAUUGCACUGUCAUCUCCCCAGGAGCCUUUCGUUGCUGGGGAGGUUCUUCGAAACCGCGCGUUUGAGAAAGGCGUCAAAGUUCACUUCGUCGAGAACGACCCGUGCCUCCCCGAAGACGUACCUCAGUUACGACCAGAUGUCCAGCGUAUGAAUUCGUCUGUUGCAUUGAGUGCAGUUCGCCAGUUUCUGCAGGAAAAUGCCCCGAAGGGAACUGCCCAAGUUUCAUGCUCUGACAUCCUGCGGGGCAUAGGCCAAUUCUCUUGGCCAGGAAGGUUCCAGUUACUUGUCCAGGGGUCAUUCAAGUGGUUUCUCGACAGUGCACACAACGAAAUGAGCGUCGACAAGGCCGCUGAAUGGUUUAUCCAGGGCUCAAAUGGACAAAGUGCGCCUACAACGCGUAUCUUAAUUUUCAGUCAAGUGUCGAAGCAGAGGGAUACAGCUGUCGUUCUAGAACGACUGGCCACUGCCCUCAGUACAGUUGACAUCCAUCAUGUCAUCUUAACUCUGUACGACCCACGACAAGAUUUAGAAGCAGAAUCAGAUGUUGUGGUAACCGAAGCAGAUGUCACAGCACAGAGAGAGUUUGUGAAACGUAUCAGGCUUAUCCAUCUUCAGCCAGGGGGGAUAGACAGCCCAUCUACGACGUCAUCGAUCCAGGAGAAUUUGGGCGUGCACCGACUACCGGUGGCAUGUACCAUCUCCCAUGUGUCCCUACACCAGCCACCUCCUUAUUCCGCGCUUUCUUACACUUGGGGAGAUACAAGCCAAAAGAGCCGCAUCCUCAUCGACGGGACUUCUUUCAACAUCACCAAAAGUCUCGAAAACGCGCUGAUCCAUUUAAGACGAAAAGAUCUGCCGCUAACACUUUGGAUCGACGCUCUAUGCAUCGAUCAGGACGACGAAGUGGAAAAAACAGAGCAAGUACAACAGAUGCAUCAGAUCUACUCGCAAGCUUCGUCUGUUAUAACCUGGUUAGGUCCAGCCUCAGCAACUAGCGAUGCCGCCAUGCUUUGGAUCGAGCGUUACGGUUCCCUCUCCAGUAGCUUCGGCAUUGGAACAAAGCCAGAGUUACAACUCCGCCAACUCCUAGAAACAUUCGAGUCCAAUCCUGGUAGACUGCCUCAUCGGGAUCUCAAAGCAUUUCUCCAAGAUAUUUCUCUUCAUCUGUCGUUGGGACCUUGUGGCACCAACAGCGACAACGACAACGACAGCAUCGCCGUCGCUCUGUAUGAACUGUUCACACGGGCGUAUUGGAGCCGUGUUUGGGUAGUCCAAGAAUUGGCAUAUGGCAAACGUGUACAGUUUGUCUGUGGGAAAAUGGCCGUAUCCGAAGAGUUCCUUCAUCACGCCCUCAGGCUCUUGAGAAACUUUGCACAUUACGAGCGUAUUAAACUAGGCCAAAAUCCGCAAGCGACCAAUUCAAAACUUGCAUCUAGCGCCCUCGACCUGCGUAACCCUGUCAAUAUCCUCAAAAUCCGAAGAGCUGCCGGACCUUUCCCCUUGAUAUACCUGCUUCGGACCCUCCGCAACUUCCAAGCAACGGAUCCUCGCGACAAGGUUUUUGCCCUCUUGAGUUUCGCUACAGAUGCACCAGCCUUAGGUAUCAAACCGGACUAUCAGAAAUCGUAUGAGGAGGUCUAUCUCGAAACAACAAUGUCCCUCAUCGGCGGAUGUUUCUUGGACAUCCUGUCGCUUUGCCGAGUACACAACAACAUUCCGGAACUGCCAUCUUGGGUUCCCGACUUCACUAGCGUGGGCCAGAGAAUUCCUCUCCAGCAAAGAGCAAUGAACCGAAAGUCAUUUCCUAUCGCGACCGUCCUACAACCCAAAUUCAGCGCUUCCGGAGAUAUUCCAAAGACAGCUGUUUCAUGCGAGUUGACCCAAACAUCUCCUACAUCUCUUCUACUACUUGCCAAGCUCGUGGAUAGAGUGGCAUGUGUGGGGACUACUUGGGACCAGAAAGCUUUCGGAAAGUGGUUUCAGGAGCUAAAGCAAUUCUGGGAUUCCGAUUCAGUCACCUUCGAGGCUGGCCACCUGAAGGCUGUGUGGCGCACUGCAGUAGCGGAUCAGGAGAUUAGACAGGGAGACCAGAAGCCUCGACUGUCUGAAAAUGAACUUGAUAGAGUACACAACAUAUUGAAGGGUCUGGAUUUGAGCGCUGCCGACGAACAUACUUUUGUUGAGAUGGGACUUGGGAAUUAUGUCUAUCAAUUACAGGACAUUGCGUAUGGGAGACGGCCAUUUCGCACAGCAAAGGGCCAUAUCGGGAUUGGACCGAGCGAAAUGGCAACAGGAGAUCUGCUUUACAUACUCAUUGGGGCAGAUGUUCCAUACAUACUUCGUCCAGACAUCAUUGGUAAAGUACGACUUAUUGGAGAGUCUUAUGUCCAUGGUAUCAUGGACGGAGAAGCUAUGGAAGAGGAUCCGCCCAUUGACGCAAUCGAUAUGUGUUGA